CCUCGCCUCGCCUGAAUGCCGCCCUCCACGACUCUUCUCCAUUUUUCCUCCCCGUCCGUCUAACGCUCUGCUGGGGAUCUUCCCUUUUUCUUCUCUUUAUCUUUGUUUUCUUCGCCCGGCGUCAUUGCCCUCCUCACACCUUUCCGUGUGAUCUUCUCCUUCACCUUGCAGCGCUACCGCACACGCCGGCGUGUCGAGCCAACUCAAAAGCAUGGACUCAGCGACCCCUCGUCCGCCAUCCUCCCUGCGGUCCCUUCCCUCCGCCACGCAGCGGAAGAGAGGCCCCCCGACUUCCCUUCGCAUUGACACCCCAGCUCUUACCUCCGACAUAGCGCUCGUACAGAGCGAGAGCUCUGCCUCUGCCUCUGGACUUUCCUCUGCAACUUCUGACUCUGACUCGUUUACCUUUCCUAACCCCAGCAAGCCACGGACGUCCCGGAACAUGAAGAAGCUGUCCCUCACCCUCCCCUCCGCCCAGUCCUCGACCAACUCCCUCCUCUCCACAGACAGCCAAGGCCUGGAACCCAAGAGACGACUCUCGAUCGUUUCCCUCCCCCCGGCCGUCCCGGCUACCUCCCUACGGAGAAAAGGAGAGGAGGACCAGAGUCUCGAUCCCGCGUCGUAUCACGAUGGCCCAGUGCAGAUCUUGCCGGGCAUCUGGCUUGGCUCUGAGGAUAACGUUCGCGAUUGGAGAGGUCAUUUGGAGCGCGGUAUCAAGUCGAUUCUAAAUGUCGCGAAAGAGGUCAACACCAUCUUCGAUUCGGUGAAGCCUCAUCGCGCGUUCAUGUCGACGCCCGACCUGAAUUCGGGCAGCGGCGAUUCCGAGUCGACAUACUACCCCGCUCAUGUACCGAGUGGCAGACCAGCGAUGCACUAUCUCAAGUUGCCCUGGUCGCAUGGUCAGGCGGAUCUUGUACAUACCGGUUUCCCAGCCGCAUUCACGUUUGUCGAUCGAGCUCUCGAACGUGGAGACGGCGUGUUGAUUCACUGUCAAUGUGGUGUUUCGCGUUCUGCAACCUUGGUCAUUGCCUUGGUCAUGCGCGCAGCCGCGCAACGAUCCCCAAACGUGCCCUGCGAGGUCUGGGCACUGAAAGGCAUGCAAGGCGCCUAUGACUUUGUAAAGGAGAAAAGCAGUACUAUCGGACCUAAUAUGUCCCUUAUUUAUCAGCUAUUAGACUAUGAACGCACGGUCAAGAGUGGCACGAAUUCUCCGGCGUCGUUUGACCAGUCUCCUUCCGAGGCAGAGUGGAGUCGUCAGCGCUUGCUAAUGGACGAAUCCCACGCCGACGAUGAUAGGGAAAGCGUCGAGGUUAUGCGCGAAGCAAGAGCGCUGGAUCAGGCCAUGGAAGACCGGUUGAUGGCACGCAAGUCGUCCAUGUCUUCCAUGAGUUCGUCUGGAUCAUGCCCAAGAAGACCCAGAUACGUGUCGCGAAAGCGUGCAGGCUCUAUUGCCAGCGUCAUGACAGGCAGCAGUCUGCUGAGUGAAAACCUCGUGGAGGAGGAUGAGGAAGAAGAGCUGUUAGGCGUGGGUGGUGGGUUUGACGAGAGCAGUGAAGGCACAGGCUGUUCCAGCGCGGAGCCCACGGAGGACGAAGGCUCGCGAUCGCGGAAGGAUUCCGGUGAGCAGCCGUCGUCAGGGUUCCUCACUGCGCGUCAGGUGCCCACCGUGCGGAUGCCCCCCUCGGCCCCUUACCACAAGUCAAGUUUCACGCUUCCACCUCCUCCAGCGACCGCUAUCAGACCGAGCUUCGAUCUGACGCCUCGGCCGCUGUCGAAGAGCCGGAUGCGCCGGCCUCCGAACCUGGCCAUCCUGCCACCUGUUCCGUCGUCACCUAUCAUCCCUGUCAACUCGCCCCCGUCCCCACCCCCUCCCAACCCUCGUCGCGCUCGCGCCGACGCACGGAAACCUACCCUCCCCCCGGCGAACCUGCGUAUCAAGGUACAUAACCCUCCCAAGCCAAAACUCACCUCCGCAGUGUCAACACCUUCCCAGACACUCUUCGUAUUCCCCCCCUCUCCCACUCUCACGACGCGUACCCCCUCCACCAUGACACUCACGUCAAAUACCUCGUAUCCUUUCCCCCCUUUGGCAACGCCCCGUGUCUCGUCGUUCAAGGCUGACGGCCGUCGUCGGUCUUUCAUCGGCGUUCCACCGCCGUCGACACCCACGAUCGCUUCUUCCCGUGUUGACGCACGAGGCUGGUUCGGCGGCCUGGGCAAGUAAGCUCGGCCUCGCACAGGUCCAGCUCGUCGCCAUGGCAUGUCGCUCACGCUUCCCGUUCGUUUUCACUCACCCGGACCGUCGCCUGAUCCGUCCUGCACGCCGCAUCUCCUUCUGCACUUCUGCAACUCGGACCAUUCGUCAUUCACGUCGUUCUGUAUUAUAGCUGCACAUGGAUUCUGGACCUCGGGCAUCCACCUGCAUUAUUUUAUCCUUCCAUCCCCACUACUUAACUUCGUCAGACCGGACUUUACGCAUCGUCGUGUUUGUACCAGUAGCCGCACACGCCCCGUGACGCUUACGCUCUCCCUCGCUCGCAUCUCUGCAUCGCCUUCGUCUUCGGCCCCGCCCUGUUGUUAGUAGACACGCACUUAGCCGCUCCGCAGAGCGGGAAGCGAGCAAGAAAUGCAAAAUAGAGAUUA